UGUGCUUUUAUAACAUUUUUUGUCGUUUGAAUUAAUAUUUUAUACCGUGCCUAGGUGUCGUAACUGAAUCGUAAAAGAAAGGCAUCUUGUGAACGGGAGGCAGACAAAGCGAGAAGCAAGAAAUUUGUCUUGAACGAUCAGUAGCUAAAACCCUACUGACGCUUAAUCGCCAUACUGGCAAAUCUAAAGAAGAACGUACCGCCCAGUGGCGAGUUCAUGAGGAGGGCCUGAUGAGGAAAGCAUGCAGAAAUCAGGGGCACCCAACGGGCGUUGGGUGCCUCUGAGAAAUUCGAACCUGAAGAGCGAAUCGACGGGUUUCCUGAACCGAUCGAGUCUCAAAUCAACAGAAAGACUGACUGUGUCAAACUCUACAAAUUACACGAGGAUAACAGUGGAAACCACGCAGACCUAUCACCUCUAACGGCUCUACUCUUGUGAAAUGUCCUCCUAAAAACAGGAUUAUUGCUUAGCGAAAUAUUCAAAGAUCCCCCUAUCGUACCAUACAAAAGGGGUAGAUCCUCAAAAAUAUACUAGUUCGAGCAAAACUCUCAAUGUAAGGGGGCGGACGCAGCGUUCUUCAGGCACGAUGCAAGUGUAAAGGUGGUAGAGAUGGGGGAUGCAAGCACAUUGCGGCCGCCAUGUACUUUUUCAUCAGGAUGGCGGAAACUGAGAUAAAUACGACGAAACAAAUCGCAAUGCUAUAUAACAUUCUGAAACGGACCAGGCGCAGCUAGAAUGGCAGGAAGCUCAUCAGAAAGGACGGGAACUGGGAGUAAAAGUACAGGAAACGUGAAGUUCAAACCUCGCUGUUCCAAUUCUGUUCAUAAGAAAGACUGCUCUACCAAUUAAGGUAAUGAUAAAAGAAAAAAAAUAACAAGGAUGGUUAAGACCAAGGAAUAUUUAUAGUCCGAUCGCGCCCAUUCAACCAAACGAGAUUUUCAAGAUUGGUUGUCAUUUAUAAUUAAAUGAUGUUUUGGAACACAUUGUAUUCGUGACAAAAUCGCUCAAAAUAGCUUGCACUUGCGUUGGAAGGUAUCUUACCUUGGGAGUGAAAACCGACAAAACGUUAACAUGUUAGGAAAUCAUUCCUAGUGCAUGACAAGGCGUAGCACCUCAUGUAAUCUCUAUAAAAGGUCAUCGCUUGUUUUCAUUCAAAGCUUGAGCCUCGCACAUAGUUGUUUCUAUAAAUUAAUAACACGACAGUGAAACUGCAAUUCUCAAGAGAAGUUAUCAUGAAGGUGACCACACCACUGCUAGCUGUGGUUAUCGUGCUUCUUUCAGGAAAGAUGAACUCUGUUUCAAGUGUGAAUGUGACCCGAUUGCAAAACAACGACAGGUUUACUAAUCCUAACCACACAGCAGUGUCCCGCUGUCUUGCAGGCGGUCAGUCAUCCUCGCUUGUUGAUUCCUGUAAGACUUUCCAUUCGACUAUCACCAGAGCAAAAUGUUCGUCUUCGAGCACUUGUUGCGGAUCGUGCCAGUGCGAGAAAGAUUACCCGAUAUAUCUGGCUCACUUGGGAAAAUGCGUGAAUCUUGUAGAGCUUAACUCGGAUGUUUUUGGACCCGGGUCAACAGGUUGUGGUGGGCGUCUCGAAAUAAAAGGUGGAGGUGGAGGUGACGAUGACGACGAUGAUGAUGAUGAUAGAGAUGACAAACACGAUAAAGAUGUUUGUAAGGCUAAAAACUGGACUCCUCCACUUAUCGAUUUUCAAAAGUCAUCCGAUCCGAAAAUUAAAUUUUGCCGCGUGAAGCCUAAAGAUACUGAAAGAUGCGAUAUACAGACAGCCCGUUACUUGGGGUUUGACCAAUGGAGAAACUUCACAAGCUUCCAGCAAAGGUUUUGGACUGCAAAAAAUAAGAAAGACAGGUAUUUAAAGUGGAAUGACUCGGCAGUGUCGCAUUUAACAGGAAAUAUCGUUGUUAUUAACGUUUCGUGCAAAGAGAAAGGGUCGAAAGGAAAAUACUUCACUUCAUGCUUCAUGUUUAAGACUGCUGGAACUCACGUAGAGACAAAAACAUUGGCAACAACAACAAAACCAGCGACCACAAAACCAACAACAAGGAAACCAGCAACCGCAAAACCAACGACAGCAAAGCCAGCACUGCCACCUACAACAACGAAAAAAACAACAACAAAGUCAGAGAAAACAAACCCAACAACGACAGCAAACCCGGCAACAACAAAACCAUCAACAAAAAUAACAACAAAACCAGCAAUAACAACAACAAUAGCAAUAAUAACAACAAAGCCAGUGACAGCUAAACUAUGGACAACAGCAGCAGCGACAACGAAAGAAUCGACAACAGAAAUCUAUUCACGAACGAAACCAAUCACAAGAACAACGAACCCAUUCAGCGACACAACAUCAAAAGAGAUAGAAACCACGUCGCUAACUGAAACUGAACCUGAACAGAAAUCCAGCGAAAUCACCAUGACAACCACGGAGUGGCGCAGCCCUGGUAAAGACAAGAUCUUAGACACGUCACGUGAUCAUAGUAGCAGCAGAAGCACAACAGUUGUCGUUGUGUCCGUGCUGUGUACGCUUGUGGCGCUCGCUGCCUUGUCCUUCAUGACAGUAUACCUCUUGAGAAAGUGGAAAAGACCGAAAAAAGCCAUAAUCAACAGUGUUAGUAACAAUCACAUCGACAAACCGGAAAAUCACGUUUAUCAGACCCAAGACAAUGUUUACCAACUCCUGAGGUAUGACGGGAAAUCAAAUGCACAAGGACAAUGGGAACCUCCUGCGUACCAGGGUCUCGCAAAGGGUACAUUCGAGGGAAACUGGGGCGAAGGAGAAGUUUAUACCAACCCAUCAAUGUAUCAAGACCUUAAGACAAAUGACGCAGCUUCUAAUGGAGAAUACUUACCGGCUUAUCACCCUCUAAUGAAGUCUACGAUGGAGAAUGUCCCUGAAUAUGACUGCGGAUACUUGGUGUUGGUUGGAGAGCAUGACAAACAACAAGAUACCGCUGACCUAGAGGACCCAUAUUAUUUCAAAGUUGAACAGACAAUUGAGUAAAGUAGCAAAGUCAAGAUUAAGAAAACAAAGAACUGGCUCACAGAAUAAUCAAAAUAAUAAGAACAACUAUAUUAUUGUGUCAAAUCAUUUAGCGCACUGUUCAGUUACGGUAAUUGAGGACACCUAAUUAUAACUACAUUACAACAAUCAUAUAAUAUUGCACAAAUGGUAAAAUAUAAAAUGUAAGAAUAGAUAAAAUAAUAGCAUCAGUAACUAGUUGUUACAUAGAAAAAAAGUCUUAACAAAUAUUGAGAAAACUCGACUUCUUCAGCACACCUCUU